AUGAUGUUAAGGUGGUGUAUAUAGAGAGGAGAAACCUGCAGUCUCUCUAAUCAUCUAGAUCUCUGCCAGUCCACCACCAUGUACCUGAACCUCCUCAUCCUCCUCCAACUCCUUUCCUCUGCUGGAGCCUCUGAGAGUGGUAUUGUGGGUGGUAAGAUAGCUAAGCCCCACUCAAGGCCCUAUAUGGUCUCUCUGCAACACAGAGGACACCGUGUUUGUGGAGGAAUGCUCAUCCGGGAGGACUUUGUCCUGACUUCAGCACACUGCUUGGAAGGUGCUUACCCUUUAACGGUGGUUCUUGGAGCUCACGACCUAAACAAAGAAGAGAAGAAGAGUCGGCAAGAGAUUCAGGUGGUACAUCACCAUCGCCAUCCUUUGCACAGACAAUAUAGCCAGCUCGCUUAUGACAUCAUGCUACUCCAGUUAAAGACUAAAGCAAAACUGAACAGGUAUGUAAAAGUCACUGGACUCCCAAAGAAGGAUGGAUCAACCCCAGCAAACAUCAAAUGCUCCGUAGCUGGUUGGGGCAAGACUAACUCGAACAACAACCAGGGUUCUGGCGUUUUGAUGGAAGUGGCGGUGACGGUGGAGGAUGACUCUGAAUGCAAGAAGGUGUGGCAGAAAUACUUUGACAAAAAACAAAUGAUGUGCACUCGUACUACCGGAGGGAAAGGAUUUUGUCAGGGAGAUUCAGGGGGACCUCUUAUUUGUAACAACAAGGCACAGGGUAUCGUUGCUUUUAAUUAUGCUGAGAGAUGUGAUGAUUCCCGAUAUCCUCAUGUGUUCAUGAAAAUCCCUUUCUUUCUGCCCUGGAUUAAAGAGGUGUUGCACGGAUAUGGUGCCAACAUGUCUUUAGACAAGCAGGAAUAAAGGACUAGGAAGGACAUUGAUUAUAGUGUACUAACAUAAUGGUAUCUAUUCCCAGGAAGUACAUUGAUUAUAGUGUACUAACAUAAUGGUAUCUAUUCCUGCAUAAAUACACUUCUCAUCAUACCCUGGAUAGAGGACAUGUUUCUUAUUUUUAUCAUUUUGUUUCCAUUUAAAACACAUUUGUAACUGAUUUUAACUGAUUAUACCUGAUUUUCUUGUUUAGAUAGUGUUUUUAUAUAUAUUUUUUGCAAUGAGUAAUUAGAAAAUAAUUUAAUUUAGUCUGUCAUUGUUGCUAUUUUUUUGUGUGCUAUUUUUGGAUAGUCCAUCUGUGUCACGCCCUGACCAUAGAUUGCUUUGUAUGUUUCUAUGUUUAGUUUGGUCAGGGUGUGAUGAGGGUAGGUAUUCUAUGUUUUUGUUCUAUGUUUUGUAUUUCUAUGUGUUUGGCCUGGUAUGGUUCCCAAUCAGAGGCAGCUGUCAAUCGUUGGCUCUGAUUGAGAACCAUAGUUAGGCAGCCUGGUUUCUCCCUUGAGUUGUGGGCAGUUAUUUUCUGUUUUGUGUGUAUCACCUGACAGAACUGUUUCGUUCUCGUUAUUCCUCGUUGUUAUUUUGUUUAGUGUUCAGUUUUGAUUAAAUUUACAAAAUGAACACUUACCACGCUG